AUGGAUGUUCAUGGUGAGGAUGAUACACAAUGUAAAUCCAUAUUAGGUAUGGAAUUUGACUCUGAACAAUCAGCUUAUGAAUUUUAUAAUUCUUAUGGAGGUAGAGUUGGAUUUAGUAUUAGAAAACAAUAUGCUCAUAAAAGUAAGACCGGUGAAAUUACUUCAAGGACAUUUGUUUGUUCUAAGGAGGGUCUUAGAAAAUCUGAUAAAAGAGAUUUUUCUGUAAGGAUUCCUAGGGCGGAGACAAGGACCGGUUGUGGUGCUUUGAUGAGCAUUAAAUUAAUUAGGCAAAUUGGGAAGUAUAGAGUUAUCAAUUUUGUAGAAACACAUAACCAUCCCCUUGUAGUAAGUGCAUGUGCUCAUAUGCUUCCUUCCCAAAGAAAAAUUUCCACCUCUCAAUAUAUUGAAAUAGAUUUAGCAGAUGACUGUGGGAUACCUCUUAGGUCAUCCUAUGAGUUAAUGGGUAGAGAGGCAGGUGGAAGGGAAUGUGUUGGGUUUUUGAAAAAAGAUUCAAGAGAAUUAUUUAAGAACAAAAAGACAAAGAAUUUGGAUACUGAAGAGCAAAUAACAAAUAUUUCUUGGGCAGAUAAUAGAAUGAUAAUUGACUACGGUCAAUUUGGGGAUGUUGUAACAUUUGACACAACAUACAAGAUUAAUAGAGAGAGCCGCCCUUUUGCUAUUUUCGUUGGCUUCAAUAACCACCGAGAGACCAUUGUUUUUGGAGCUGCAUUGAUGUAUGAUGAAACAACCGGUUCGUUUAUAUGGUUGUUUAAAACUUUUUUAGAGGCAAUGUCAAAUAAACAUCCAAAAACUAUUUUCAUAUAUCAGGAUGUAGCAAUGGCUAAGGCUAUUUCAUAUGUGAUGCCUAACACAUAUCAUAGGCUAUGCACAUGGCAUAUGAUGCAAAAUGCUGUAAAACAUAUGAGUGGCAUUUUUAGCAGUCCUGGUGGGGUAAGAAGUGUUUUGGGAAAGUUUAUAGAUGAGUAUGAGGAGGAAGAGGAAUUUUUUGCAGCUUGGAAUGCUAUGUUAGAUGAGUUUGAUGUUCAUGAUAAUUCAUGGCUGCAAAGCAUUUUUCAUUUAAGGAAAAAAUGGGUUAGGGCAUAUGUUAGGUGGACAUGGUCAGCAGGGAUGAAGAGCACACAACUUAGUGAGAGCUUAAAUGCUGAUUUGAAAGAGUACUUGAGAUCAGAUUACAAUUUGAUUCAAUUUUUCAUUCACUUUGAAAGGGUGCUUAAUGAGAAGCGAUAUAAGGAAUAUGAAGCUGAGUAUGCAUUGUCAUAUAAGUUGCCUAGGAUAAAAGUCCAAGUUCUAAUGUUGACUCAGGCAGGAGAUGUUUACACAAAAACUAUCUUUGAAGAAUUUCAAGAUGAAUAUGUGGGUUCACUUGAGUUAUAUGCAGCAAAUUGUGUUCACAAGGAUGAUUGUUUGGUUUAUAUUGUCAAAGCAUAUCGACAAUCUACAAUGCGUGAAGUGAAGAAAGACAAAGAUGGUAAUUUGUCUUGUUUUUGUAGGUUGUUUGAGAUGAAAGGAAUAUUGUGUAGUCAUGUUAUUAAGGUUCUUAAAGAUGAAAUGAUUAUAAUGGAAAUUCCAAGCCAAUAUAUCCUGAAAAGGUGGACAAAAUUAGCAAGAGCUGAAAUUGUCCAAGAUUACAAAGAGCGCGAUAUUCAAGCAGACCCUAAGUUGGAACAGAGCAGCAUAUACAAGUCAUUUGAAAAUGUCAUUCAAGUGAAGGGACUGAAGAAAAGGAUUGAUCCCAUUCGUGGAAGGCGACGGAUUAAAAGUAGCUUGGAAAAGGCAUUGGAGACUUCAAGAAAGAAAAAGCAACGCGUUCAGGAUGUACAAGCAUCUUCAAAUAUGCUCCCACAUAUGAUGCCACCAUAUAUUCAAGUACCAACUUCAAUGCAGGUUCCCAAUCUAAACAUUAUUCGAAAUUCCUCUACACCAAUAUAUCCAGAAAUUCUUGGAGACUGA